CGUACGGUACGAACGUCUGUUCGCGCUUAUCUACAAAACAUACGAAACUCUUCAAAGUAUCCGAACUUGCUAGAACACUUCUACGUAGGAGAUCCUAGCUGUAUGCACUUCAACCUUUGCCUAAACGUAUUAUCAGAAAAAAAAAACUAGACAUAAUAAAAUUAUAGAACAAAACUUUUAAAGUGGAAAUUGAAAUUCGAACGCGAAAUAGUGCCUCUCUAUUUUUUUUUUUUUUUUCAAUAAGUUUAGUUAGAACUUUAAUCCAAUGUGAAUAUUUUAUAGGACUGUACAUAAGCAGUUGUAGAAAAUUACUGUAACAACUUUAACGAGAUUACUUGCAUGUGAAAGAUGGAUUGGCGAGUAAUUCUGCAACCGAACACAAUACAGUUACACUACGGUUAAGAUGGUGUCUUAUGAUGAUUUCUACGACGAUAUUUUAAGUGGCAAACAUGUUUCUACUAUGAAUCUAAACGGCUCAUCCUUUGUGGGAGGAGUUUUGAUUUUGACCAAAACACUGACAGGAGAAUCAGUAGAAUUGCUGGAAGAGCCAAAAUCAAACAGGACAACUGAUAUUAUUGAUGUGAAGAUAGUUCAAGUAGCGUUUUGUAUCCUCUACUCGAUUAUUUUCGUUCUUGGAGUAUUUGGAAACGUAUUGGUCUGCUAUGUGGUCUUCCGGAAUCGAGCGAUGCAAACUGUUACCAACCUCUUCAUAACCAACUUGGCUUUAUCGGACAUACUUCUCUGCGUCUUCGCUGUACCUUUGACGCCUAUGUACACAUUUAUUGGAAGAUGGGUGUUCGGAAGACUCCUCUGUCACCUCAUGCCGUAUGCGCAGGGUACGAGCGUCUACAUAUCUACCCUCACACUAACGUCUAUAGCCAUAGACAGAUUCUUCGUCAUCAUCUACCCAUUUCAUCCAAGAAUGAAACUCACCACGUGCGUCUUCAUUAUAAUUUUCAUAUGGGUGUUCUCUCUAGUAGUCACCUGCCCCUAUGGUCUGUUCAUGGGGAUACAGAUAACUAAUAACAGAACUUAUUGCGAGGAAAGUUGGCCCUCUGACAAAUCGAGGAAGAUAUUCGGUGUCUUCACAACAGUUCUACAAUUUCUAAUACCAUUUUUAGUAAUAGCAAUUUGUUACACGUGUGUUAGUAUAAGAUUAAACGACCGCGCCCGGUCGAAACCGGGUGCUAAGAAUACUAGAAGAGAAGAAGCGGAUAGAGAUAGGAAAAAGAGAACUAAUAGAAUGCUAAUUUCAAUGGUAGCCAUAUUCGGUAUAUCGUGGCUUCCGUUGAAUCUUAUAAAUAUAUUUAACGACUUCUACGCCCAAAUGACUGAGUGGAACUAUUACUACGUUUCCUUCUUCCUUGCUCAUUCAAUGGCAAUGGCGUCAACGUGUUAUAAUCCGUUUUUGUACGCGUGGUUGAAUGAGAACUUUAGAAAAGAAUUUAAGCAAGUACUACCAUUUUUUGAAACGUCUAGUGGAGUUAGGAACAGUUAUCACUCUGGUCGGAUGCCAACCCACAAAGCUGAUAAAAUAUGUAACGGCAAUGAAACUGUACAAGAAACUCUGUUAGCUUCAUCUUUCAAUAGAGGCCCCUCGAUAAAGCAACGAAUUCUAGAAACUAACGACAAGAAAGACAAUGGUAUUGAAAUCGAAAGUAUUUUGUUAGAAGAAAAAACUGUAUCAGCAACCUUUCAUACAAAGACUGAGAAUAUAAACUUACAAUUAAUAGAUGAAGAAUCGCAGUUCACCGACACCAAGGAUAUUAAGCCUUCAAUAUAAAAAACGUUAACAUCACGCUCCGAGGCAAUAACGUACAGGAAACCGCAAUUUGGAACAUAAAGCGCGAAAUUUACUCGCGACGAGUAACAUCGUCCUACUUUCACAGUUUAAUUACGAAAAUUACUCGAACAGAUGUUUGUGAUGAACCCUUUGCGACUUUAUGGCUAUGAAUGAGCCUACAAUUAUUAUAUGUAUACUCUGUGCUACAGUAUAAAGUCUACUCCGCACAAUACAAUUUCUUUAUUGAGUGAUAGGCUUGCGGUUAACGACAGACGAAGCUUAUUCACUCUUGAUUUGAAGGUAUUUAAGUUAUACGUAGCAGAAAACACGGACGCGGUAAGGGCGUAUCACACCACAUUCACGGUUUCUUGCUGUUCUGUAAGGCCUCAUUCAUACGAGAGC